UUUCAUUUCAUUCGUAACUUUUUUUCCCGGCACUACAUCAAUAUUUAUAUUUUGUUCUUUUUUUUUCUUUUCUGGCCCCCCAGAGGAGUGUGUGUAAUACAAAAAAUAAAAUACCAACCAACACGAAAUAGAAAAAAAUACAACACGAAUUGUUUUGCAACGUGCAACGGUUUGGUGGCAACUAAAUUUGCAACACUUUUUUUUUCAACCAAAGCGAAUCGCUGAGAGAAAAAUUGAAGAUGCUGCGUCAGUUUCAAUUGACGGCGCCGUUGAAGGCUUUGCAGCUAAAGCGCUGCUUGGUCUGCACUACAGCCACCAAAUGCAGCUUGGAGCUGCCCAAGUGCUUGCCACUGCCACAGCGUCGUCUUGUCUCGCAGCAGUCCAAGCCCAAGCCCAAGCGCAUUAGCAGCUUGUCCAUGGCCAUGGCCAGCGGUUCGCCCAAGUCCAAGCGUCUGCACAGCGCUGCGCUUAUGCCGCUGGAUGAGCAGCGCGACAUCAAUGGCGACGGCGCUGGCUCGAAGAGCUCAUUGCCGCUGCCAGGAGUCAAGGAGCGCAAGCAUCCUCACUACAAUCCCUUGAGACGUCGCAGCAACGUUGAUCCCGCUCGCGUUCAAUAUAUCAAGGAUCGCUUCAAGCAGCGCGACGUGGACAGCGCCAAUGAUAGCAUCAAACCCAAGUCCCAGAAGUUUGUAUCGCGCACCUCGCUGCACUCCGGACGCCUGGACAAGAUCAAUUAGUUGUAGCUAUAUGGCCCACAGUUAAUGCUUUCGUAGCUUGUUAAUGUUUUAUCAACAAAUUGACUUCAAAUAAAUGUUUGCGCCUACAUUGGCAGCAAUUUGUCUGCAGCAGCCAAAAGUCAA